AUGGCGCGUCUCAUAUCUCCAAACCCCAUCACGCUCCACAGAUUCCAGCCAUGUCUUCCAAUUCCUCGCUUCACUGCACAUCUUCGACACCGUCCCAUCAACGCCCGCAAAUUGCAGACCUUAGCUUGCCAAACAAAUCCUAAGCUCGAUCGAAAGGAUACCCCUCCAAAGGAACAAGAAAAACUGGUGCUUGAGCCUACCACGGACAAUACUCAAGCCACCAAGACAACAGCCACAAGUUCGCUUCCUCAGUUGCCGACCAAAGAUGUCAACAAAAAAAUCGCACUUGUUUCUACCUUAGCGGCUUUGGGGCUUUUCCUGUCUGCCAGGUUGGAUUUCGGCGUUUCUCUCAAGGAUCUCUCUGCCAUUGCAAUGCCUUACGAAGAGGCUCUCUCCAAUGGGAAACCCACUGUGGUGGAGUUUUAUGCAGAUUGGUGUGAGGUAUGUCGGGAAUUAGCUCCUGACGUAUACAAAGUAGAGCAGCAAUACAAGGAUCAAGUUAAUUUUGUAAUGUUGAAUGUUGAUAACACAAAGUGGGAGCAAGAGCUUGACGAGUUUGGCGUGGAGGGUAUUCCGCACUUUGCAUUCCUUGAUAAAGAAGGGAAUGAGGAGGGUAAUGUUGUGGGUAGGCUUCCAAGACAGUACCUGCUUGAGAAUGUGGAUGCCCUUGCUCGUGGACAAGCAUCCGUUCCUCAUGCUCGUGUUGUCGGCCAAUAUUCAAGUGCUGAAGCAAGGAAGGUGCAUCAAGUUGCUGAUCCAAGAAGUCAUGGUUAG